GAAGAGCGCGCUACCUUGACCGGUAAUCCGCUCGCGGCCCAUUGGCAACCCAUUGCUCUAAUUUCGGGCAUCGGUGGUUGGUGAGACGCUGGACGCAGGAAGAAACGAGAAGAAGGGUGGAAGACGACGAGGGGCUUUCGACCCUCGAGUGUCCCCAACUUUGGCUACGCUAACACGUGGAGGAACCUCGACUCCUGGUUCCGGGCGGGCUGUUUGCUGAGGUCAUUUCGUUCUGCCCUUUUCGUGUGACGGAUAAUAGCAGCUUGAUGGUAAUCCCGCCAUGGUAAUCCCACCCCGGACGGUGCGCCCCCGUCAGGCAAAGCAACGCAGACUUGACGUCUCCCGUCCGGGCAACAGGGCGGCGAGCAAACAAGCUUAAGACAGCAAACAUUAAGGCCACAGUGAGGCGGCCAGUGGAGGGCGGGCAUGAUUCAGCGUCCGCGUUUCUGAGUUUGCGCAUCCUGGAGCCAGAGGACCCGCUGUCGCGCGAGCCCAACGCCGCAGAGCUGUAGCGCAUUUUCCGGCCCAAUCGCAACCACACCCCAGCAUUUCAUCCCGCCGGGGCCCCGUCCUGCUCCCCAUCAAAGAGCACGGCUCUGGAACUACCUGCCACCGACCCGAUGCAAAUUCGCCGGUCUGGAACGCAAUCUCACUCGUCCUCUGUGCUCCCUCCCUGAACCGACCACCUCGACGACACCUUAGACUCUGCCAUCUUCGACGGCGCCACGAAGCGCUCACCACGUCUGCUGCGUCAUCCGAACGUCGACUCCUCUGUGAAAGGUUUCCCCCAAGGACGGGCCUGCAUCUGGCUGCCCCUGGAUACCUGCCUGUCUGCCUACCUCCCUACCACCUGCCUGCCUUGUAUACCUCUGCACACUUGCCAGAGCCCACCCAACGCACCUCACGGCCCUCAACCACUCAUCGGGCUGCCGCGCAUGUCGCAUCAUUUCACUCAUCUUAAACCCGCUGCUGUUGCGGUGUGAGAGUGGGCACCUGCAUCCCGCACAACCCACCUGCCUCAAUAGCGAGCUCGUCGCCCUUGGUCUCCUUCCGCCCUCUUCUGCACCUCCCCGCCCUCUCUGCCCGUGAUGGCCUCGGCCGGAGCGGUUGAGGCUCGCUAGGACUGGCCGCGCGAGCAAGCGAGAGACCCGACCCCUUCCCAGGAAAAGAAGGAGCAAGUGAGAGAGACACAAAAAACAAAAAAAAAAAAAACGGAGAAAAUCACCAGAACCCUGGGAACCCACUCGACGACACUAGUUUCUUUCCAGGCCAACCCCUCGAUACGACUCUCGCGUCCCCGCUCCUCGUGCUGCUCCUCUGGCUUGGGCUCGCGCUCCUUUAACCUUUUUAACAUUUUCUGUUUCUGUUUCACGGGUCGGUGCGGCAGCUGUGGCCGGUGGCAUCGGUCACAACUGCGCUCGUGUAACUUUUGGGUGCCUUGCUGCUCACCUCUCGCCCAGCAUCGGCCCUGGCUCUUGCCUGGGGGGUUGCGCAGCAAGUAGUUGAUCCAAACAGCCACCCGGGUCGACACAGGGACAUCCCGGGCAGCGAGGAAAGGAGACAGGAAAUCAGACCAAGCACAGCCAACGCUAGAAGCCGACACUUGCGUCCCCUCCACGACUGAGGACGAACAGCAACCAAGCAAAAGCGAGCAAAAAGCAAGCAGAAAAAAAAACCCACCGACCGGCUUACUCUGCAUUUGCAAGCUGAGCUGUAAAGUGGGCGCUGCAGGUCCCGCGGGACCCGGUCACUUACAAGAGCCCUCGGCGGGCAGUGACUAAAGGAAUCCACUCUCCCAUCGACGAGUCUGGCCGGUGCCUCCCUAUCCCUCCGCUCUGCCUCAGAAGCGCGGGAAAAGGGUUCAUCCCGCCUUGUUAGCGAGACGGAGCCACGGCAAACCCUGAUCGGACCAUUCUUUUUUUUUUCCUUCCUUUUCCGUUGGGCUUCCAAUACCCGUCCUCGGAUUACAUUAUUUGCAUGUGCUCCGGCUUCUUGGCCCUCUCUCCCUUCGACUGUCCCUCCCGCCACCCUUCCGUCGACCGCCCAAGCAAAGAAACGUCAUAUUCGACCGUGGUUUUCGUCUUUAUGACCUAUAACGCCGUCCAUAACGAGUUCGCCUGCGCCUCGUCCCACGCCCACACCAACGCCCACCUCCGCCACCGCUGACAAGAGAAACGCGCAAUCCGUGUCCCGGCCCCAGCUAGCCGUGCCAAACCCUCGUUUCUGCUCACCGCAAAUCAUCACGCACUGCGCCAUAGCCUCCUCAGCCGCCUCACUCUCUUGCAAAUUAAAGCACCAGCCAUGACGUCGAUAGUGAGUAGUUCUUUCAGCUCUGUUCUAUCUUGCUUUUUACCCCUUUGCUUUUUUACUCCCUUUUCUUUUUUUUCCUUUCCCCGUUGCUUUUUCUUCUUUUCUUACUUGCUGCACGUGCUCCAUGCCCUCCCUCCUUUCGCUGCCCCCCUCCGGUUGGCUUGCCAAGCUCAGAGCACCCUGUAAUGAACCAUUGGUCCCACUAUCUUUCCUUUCCUUGUAUGGUUUCUCCAUUAUCUUUGUGGUUGGGGGUGGUCGUCUCCGCGUAUCUUCCAAGUUAUCGGCACCAGGUCGCCUCGAGACCCCCACGUUCGACUGGCUAUAAAUGCACCACUUGGCACAACACAUCUGCUUUGCCGGGCACCACUGUCACUGGCACGUGGGUGCGCGUGGCACCGCAGGCGUGUGCUGCAAUUGCUCAGCCGAGAGGAAGUGUGCGAGGUGCCUAGCCUGCUUCCUUGAACCACAUCACGCGUCACCUGCCAUUUUUGCCCUCCCUUCUCACCGCUGUCCCAGAAUGGGACGUUCCAUUCCGAUUCGGUCCUGGUGAAAGUGCCGGGUUGCUCACCUGGGCCUGGACUCGCUAUCUGCACCAAUCCUCCCUUUCCUUCACCAUAACUACACACACACACACACACACACCAAGAUUGCCCUCUAUUUUGAACUUGUCGCUUUUCUAGUCUGGCAGCGCCGGUCAGCCUGCUUCCUUGUCGCCAAAUGCCUUGUUUCGACUGUCAGAUAACAAGAGCAAAAUGCUAAUCUCAGGAGUGCAGCUGUGCUUGGCGCACUACUGCGACGUUCAUGGGCCAACUCCUCUUAUGGUGACCGAAGGGCUACCCGUGGCCUGCUCUACGUGCUACGAGGACGAUACGGUGGAUUUUCCGGCUACCAGCGACCGUCUGCAGUCCGGAGCCCAGUGGUCGCAACAGAUUUCGGCGCCGGCAGCCACUGCCAUUACCGAUGCACUGCAACAGAUCAACCCGACCGCGGCCCACCGAAGCUCCUCGACACCGGCAUCGGAGCGCGAUGCGCAAGGACACCGGGCCAGUCUGGUGCGGAGCAUCUCGCACACGGUCACGCCCCCGGCAUCUGCCGUGGAGAGCCCGCCAGUCAGCCCGCACCCGGCGCCAAAUCGGGAUUCGGGCUUCCGACGCACCUACGACACGCGUCGCGCGAACCCUUGCGAUAACUGCGCCAUGACUCUACCUCGUCGCCAGGAGGGCGCGUCCGAGGAUGCGAGAAUCGGGCCCGGCGGCCCGACCUUGCGCACGCGAGCACCCUACGCGCGCGUCUACGACUCGGGCGCCACAUCCCCAAGAAGCUCGCAGACUACGUCGUCUUCCUCAUCAGACACGGAAGAGGCAGGAGGAGGUCGCGCCCCGCAGCGACAAACCCCGACAUACGGCCAUCGCCGGACCGGGACUCUGACGUCGACCACGUCUCGCUCCAGCGCCAGCAGCUCGACCGCGAGGAGGAGCCAUACGCACUUUGUCAACUACACCUCGACCCACGAGCCUGGCGAGGUGUCAUUCAAGAUGGUGCGUAACUCGUGCCUGCGGACCUUGUCCUUCGAGAUGCUCCCACGCAAUCCUGCCGCGUCCGGGACGAUGGGUUACCAGGGGAUGGCGCCCAGCACCGGCGUUCCGGCUCCGCCCCCUUCCUUCGUCACGACGCACAGCACAGGCGCGGCCGCGUCGGGCGGACCCAUGUUCUUCGGCGACCCGGCCGCCGGCUAUACGACGGCCUACAUCUUCCGCAUCCCGGACGUGCACGCGCGCGGCCACAAGCGCGUCUACGCGCUUCUAGCCCUUUCUACGCACCGCGAGCGCCAGGCAAUGAAGCCCUUCGGUUUCAUCGCUGCCGCCUUCCGCGACCUCGCCGCUUGGAUCCAGGGCAUGGCCGAGGCCGAGGCCGAACGCGCCGCCGACGGAAGUGGGAACUCGAGCCCCGUGGUCGUCAACCCAAACUACGGUGCCAUGCCACCUCCCAACAUCCCCACCUUUGACCGCGCGACGACGGCGGUCGCCCCGGGAACUAGCAGCUUCUUUGCCGCGGCUGGCAACGGCAUCUCGCGGCGCAUGGGUUCGGGCUUUGCGGGAAGCGUCAGCGCCCCCAAGGCUCGCGGCCUCCCCGAGGUUGUUGGCCAGCCCGACUUCUUCCUCGAGCUGCACACGCGCUUUGUUCGCCUUCUCCUGGAGCUCAGUGUCGUGCUCAACUCGUGAGGCAGUCGGUAAGCAAAGGCUAUUCAGCAGUCUGCGUUAUAGAAUCAUCCUCAGAGAAGUCACGCGUCACCCAUGCAAAGCAACAGUCUCGAAGACACCAACUGCGCUUGUAUACACUAAACUGUACAACAAGAUUAACGACGACUACGACGAUCAUCAACUGUAUCAACAAGCAUGGGUCAUGGAGAGCUUUUCGCAAGUUUCAGCGUUUAUUCUGUUUUCGUUUUUACCUCGAGUUUUAUUCCGAAACCCCUUCGUCUGUUGCCUUGCAUGCAGAAGCAGAAGAACAGCAACUUUGUGUGUCGCAGAAGCAUAUCGAGGGGCAAAUUUUCUUUUCUCGUAAUGAUUGAUUUUUUCAAUGGGUAAUGAUGGGUGGUGAAGCGGAGCGCGUGGAAAAGGCGCGCUGGCCGCACCUUGUGGAGUUCAGGGUUGUCAAACAUUUUGCAGUUUGCCGAAGAGCUGGGAUAGUUGAUAUAGCUUGCUCGGGCUGAGCGAUGUGGGGUUGAGCAGGGCGUUUUGAGCAAUGCGGGAUUUUUUUUUUUACCCUUCGACUUUGUUUGCUUUCUUUUUUUCUGUUCUCUAUGCUUCAUUUCCCUGAUAUCCAGCGCACGAGCCAUUUUCACUUUUGCUAUUUCCUCAGUGGUCGGGGCUGCCGGCUUGCAGAGAGAUUCGGGUACGUAGAUGGGCAAGACAGGUAGAUAGAAGGACCGGAUCAGGGCAGGAUAUACCCAGGGAUACAACAGCGAUGGAAAUAAUGAACUGCCGUCACACCUUCCCCCUAUGUUCCGCUCUCGAGUGGCCUUCCC